UCUUUUCGUCUUGGAUUUGACGCCCCGGGGGGCCUUUCUUCUCUCUUCCGCCAUGCUUCUAGGGUUCCGGGAGGCGACGGGGCAAGAACAGCGCAUCCCCCAUGGAUCGAUUGAUUCGCUCAGGUUCUUUGCGAUGCUCGGUUCUUGAUCCGCAACUUGCGAUUGCAGCUCCAUCGAGGCGCAUAUAUUUUGGAGAUUGGUAGGACCUUCUGACAAGACAGCACCAAUGCAUUGUGGACGCUCAUCAAACUCUGGCAGCAACGAUUCUAGUCGCCCUAGGAGAAGAAAAGCAGGCGAGGACUCGUGAGUGAUGGAGGAAAGACAGGCCAGGGGGCGAAACUUUGCGAGAAAGUUCCUGGGCUUUAUGUCCUCCAAGAGAAAGCGAGAUGAAGAAAAGAAGCGGAUGGAUCUGUGGAAAGCUAUGCGAGAUUCUAGCGUGGAAAGACUAGCUGCGGUCAUUGCCUCGGCAAGAACGGAAUUUGGCGAUCAGCUCGACGAUCUAUGCUCAGAUGCGGAAGGCGUCCUGCAGAGGUUACUCCGAGAAGGCAGAGCAACAGGUACUCACAGAAAGAUUACGCUAAGGGAGAGAUUGUUACUAGCGGAUAUAGAGGCGAGUAGUCAACAGCAGCCAUUACUGCCGCAAGAAACGUCCACCGCAGUACCGAGAGAGAAUUGCUCCGGGAACUCGGAGAUUGUACCAGCAGCAACAGCAGCAGAUGCUCCUCCGGUGAUCCAAGCCGUGCUGACUUUAGUGAGGCCGGCAUCCACGACCGAGAUCCAGCAGCAGUCCAAUCCAGAAGUCGCCGGAGGAGAAGGGGCUUCUUUAGCCGCACAGCCGCUGUCGGGAAAUCAAAACACGACCAGUGGAAGAAGACUUCUCAGUGCACUGCUCUGGGAGGAGCGCAACUUAGAUGGUCCGGAUCAGGGGCUGACGGAGGGAUGGGUCGCAUUUGGCGUCACUGCUCCGAUCCACUUCGACCACUCGAGGAGCCAGUCCGUGGCCAGCGAGCUGAACAGGGUCGGCUUCCACCGCCCGAGCGCAUCACUGGACGCUCCACCGGAAGCAGCAGCAGCAGCAGCAGCGGCGGCGGCGGCAGCGGCAGCUCCCACUCGGAGUUUAAGUUCGUUCAUGACUUCCACGCCGAGUUCUCGAGACGCUAGUACCGCCACAGUUCCCGAGACUCCAAUGCGGGUGUCUCUCAUGUCCUUGCUCCGGGAGGCCGAGGAGGGAGGAAGCGGGAUCAUCUUCAUGAACAGGCAAAUGAUAGACAGGAACAGUGGUGGCGGUGGCGGUGGCGGUGCUGGCGGCGUAGCUUUCGAGUCCCCGGCCAAGGAAGCCACAGGACUUACAGGAGGAGGAGGAUCAAACGUAGUAACAGGGGACGGGAUAACGAUGGAACAGACGUGCUGCGUUUGUAUGGGACGCCAAAAGGGGGCGGCCUUCAUACCGUGCGGCCAUACCUUUUGUAGGAGGUGUUGUAAAGAGCUCCAGCAAGCAAGAGGGAGCUGUCCACUUUGCAACAAGGAGAUAAGCGACGUCCUCAAUCUUUACUGAGCGAUGGUGCUUGUGAUAGAUCAAACCAAGGCCUGGGCCUUGGUUUGAAUGGAGGAUUGAAUGGAGGAGGAUUGAAUGAUCGAAGUCAUUCUUUUGGCAACGGUUUCGAUUUCUCGCUCGAGCUGGACUGAGACGAUGGGUGUCAAAAGACGCGAAAGCUCCGUACUACUGUUGGUCCUCGAGCCUGGGAGUCUCGACGGUGGUGAUUCUGCCACGUUUCAGAAACCAACGGCCAGGAUGUCGUGAUUAGAAUGUGAUUUAAAACUUUCGUGCUGUGCUUCCCCAUAACAAAUGCGAGAAGAAUCAGACUCA